ACAAACAUUGACGAAUGUUUAGCUAUUUUUUACAUCAUCAUUAGAAAGAAAACUAGAUAAGAUCAUUUUGAAUGUUCUGUUUACUAAAUUAUGAACAAGUAAAACCUUACAAGAUUUGGUAUACUAUCUCUUAUCGUAUAUUUCUCUCUAUUUAUAGAUUAACGUAACAAAAUCUGUUACCAAUUCUCUUGCCUAUAUAAAUCUGAGUUCAAUCUUCAUAUAACAGAAACAAGAUUUAUUAAUCAAUAAAAAAUAGAUUAUUGUUGACUUAGCUUAAACAAAGCUUGAAGAUAUCCUAAAGAGAUAAGGAUUAGGGAUUAUAUUUAGUAGUUAUCUAAAUAUAAUGAAAAGAGGAAAUUGAGAGAAUAGGAAGUUGUCCUAAAGAGAAAAGGAAAUUUGUUUAGGUCUAUGCAUAUAUAAGGAGAAGCCAAGGUGUGGCAUAUUUGAGAGAGCUUAAUUAGGUUUUGAGAGUUAUUUUCUUAAGCAUUAAUAAAGACAGCUAUUCUUUAUCAAUCUAGAGUUCUUAAAACAACUUAAUAUUCUAUAAUGAGAGCUAAAUAUCUUUGUUUACUAGUGUUCAUUGUCUUGGCUUCUAACGAAGUUGUUGCCAAGAAACAUUCUUCAACGCCUAAACUAAGAAGAAGUGAUUUUCCAAAAGAUUUCGUUUUUGGAGCUGCAACGUCCGCUUACCAAGUCGAAGGAGGUGCUCACGAAGACGGUAGAGGACCAAGUAUUUGGGAUACAUUCUCCGAAAAAUAUCCAGAGAAGAUUAUAGAUGGUAGCAAUGGAUCUGUUGCUGAUGAUUCUUACCAUCUCUACAAAGAAGAUGUAGGUUUACUACAUCAGAUUGGCUUCAAUGCUUAUAGAUUCUCCAUCUCAUGGUCGAGGAUCUUGCCACGUGGGAAUCUAAAAGGAGGAAUCAACCAAGCCGGUAUUGAUUAUUACAACAACUUGAUCAAUGAGCUUUUGUCCAAAGGAAUCAAGCCUUUCGUCACUCUUUUCCACUGGGACACACCACAAGCCCUUGAAGAUGCUUACGGAGGAUUCCGCGGCUCGGAGAUUGUGAAUGAUUUCCGUGAUUACGCGGAUAUUUGCUUCAAGAGUUUUGGAGAUCGAGUGAAGCAUUGGAUGACAUUAAACGAACCAUUGACAGUGGUGCAACAAGGAUACGUUGCAGGUGUGAUGGCUCCAGGAAGAUGCUCAAAAUUCACAAACCCUAACUGCACCGCCGGAAACGGAGCUACCGAGCCUUACAUCGUUGGUCACAACCUCAUCCUAGCUCACGGAGAAGCAGUCAAAGUAUACAGAAAAAAAUACAAGACAUCUCAAAAAGGUCAAGUCGGUAUCGCCUUAAACGCGGGUUGGAACUUACCUUAUAAUACAGAGUCAGCCGAGGACAGGUUAGCCGCGGCACGAGCCAUGGCAUUCACAUUCGACUAUUUCAUGGAGCCACUUGUGACCGGUAAAUACCCGGUUGAUAUGAUCAACAACGUAAAAGACGGUCGCUUACCUACAUUUACUACAAAACAAUCUAAGAUGCUCAAAGGAUCAUACGAUUUCAUUGGGGUCAAUUACUACUCAUCUUCUUACGCAAAAGAUGUUCCUUGCUCUAACGAAAACGUUACACUAUUCACUGAUCCUUGUGCCAGCAUCACAGGUGAAAGAGAAGGAGUUCCAAUAGGUCCAAAAGCUGCGUCGGAUUGGUUACUGAUAUAUCCAAAGGGGAUUCGUGAUCUCCUCCUCUAUGCAAAAUACAAGUUUAAGGACCCGGUUAUAUACAUAACCGAGAACGGGAGGGAUGAAGCUAGUACCGGUAAAGUCUUACUUAAAGAUAGUGAGAGGAUUGAUUACUACGCUAGACAUCUCAAGAUGGUUCAAGAUGCAAUCUCGAUUGGAGCCAACGUGAAGGGAUUUUUCGCAUGGUCGUUGUUGGAUAACUAUGAAUGGGCAACGGGAUACACGGUCCGGUUUGGACUGGUUUACGUUGAUUUCGACCAUGGACGUAAGAGAUAUCUCAAGAAAUCGGCAAAAUGGUUUAAAAGGUUGCUGAAUAAGAAGAAAAAGAAUUGAUGAUUAAGUAAUUACGUUUAAUAAUAUUUACGCAAUGUGCGGUUUAUUUAAAAACAAUUAUUGUUGAUUAAUAAGUAUGGUUUAAUAUGUUACAUAUAAUACCAGCA